AUGAUAGGAGACUCAAAAGUGAAGGUUCUAAUGGCAUUCAGAACAAAACUUACACCAUCUCUGGAAAAACCAGUUGCGGAUAUGAGCCUUUAUCGUCAGAUGAUUGGUUCUUUAAUGUAUCGAACAGCUAGUAAAUUAUACAUUAUGUUUUCCGUUUGUUAUUGUGCAAGGUUCCAAGCAAAACCUCGCGAACCUCACAUGGUGGCAGUGAAGAAUAUUUUCAGAUACCUGAAACGAACUUCGUCUCUAGGCAAAUGGUAUCCUACGAACUCAGGCUUCUUCGUUCAAGCGUUUUCGGAUGAUGAUCUUGGUGGGUGCGGCUUAGAUAGAAAAAGCACGACUGGUGGAUGCCAAUUUCAUGGUGGCAAGUUAGUUAGUUGGCAAUUCAAAAAGCAAACAUGUGUUUCGUUGUCGACAGCCGAAGCUGAGUAUAUCGCUGCUGCAUCCUGUUAUAUUGAUACAAUGAAUGACUGGGACAGGUAG